UUGUAGAUCGUUGUAGAUGGUUUUAGGUCGUUGUAGAUCGUUGUAGGUGGUUCCUCUGUUUAAGUAUAUGGUAUAAACAUAAAUUAAAAUGUCUGGAAAUAUUACUCAUUAUGAGUUGGAACUGGCGCCCGAUCGAAAAAGAGUUUUUGUCACUCAGUUAAGGGAGGAUGAAGAGGAAGAAAGCAAGGCACUCAACAUUAAAAAAAUUCCUGUUGUGAAAGAGAAAGCCAGUAAACUUGUGGAACUUGGAUACAAUACACUUCAAAAGACUUUGCUACUCAAGCGGCAAGCAGAUGUUGCAGAUGUAGAUAGGGAGUUUCUUGAAAAGAAGUUUGAAUUUAGAAAAAGAAUGGAUGAAUGUGGUAUACAAAAAGAGAGAUUAAGGUUAAAACAGCAAGCUCUAAAAGAUAGAAUGGAUAAAUUUAGUAAGUUUAUAGAAGAAAACGAUGCUAAACGACAAAGAGCUGCACUGAAGCUUCAAAAAGAACAGAAAUUGAAAAUAACGAAACAAGAAGAACAUGGGAAGUUAGAAAAGGAACUAAAUGUUUUGGUUUUAAGAACAGAAAAAUUAAAGGACAAACUUCGAAGAUAUGCGAUAUUCGAGAAGUAUUUGUGUUCAGUUAUCGAUGUACUGCCAGAAAAUUAUGUUGAAGCAACAGACAAUAUGUUAACAGCGUUAAUGAUGAGAUAUCAAACUUUGGAAGAAGCGAAUAUUCACCUUUCAAACAAAAGAAACAAUUUGCAAUCACAGUUAGAAUCAUGUGUCAAGGAAUAUCAAGGUUUAUCUUUACAACAAUCACAAAAUUUACUGUUGUGUAACAAAGAACUUGCAGAGUCGAAAAACAAGUUGGAGAGACUUAUACAGAGAAAUGCAAAGUUAGAAACGAUUACAUCGAAGAAGCGCCAAAGAUACCUAAACCACAGUGAAACAAAAGCAGAAAUAACAUUAGCUAUUGAGAAUUUAUCUCUUCAAUGCGAUCAAAGAAAUAUAGCAUCUUCUCUGAACCUUUCACAGAAAUUGGACCUGAUAAAGAAUUAUUUAAAAGAAAGAGAAUCCGUUUAUGACAUGUCUCGACCUUCUAAUGUAACUGCAGAAAAUGUUUUAUCCUCUAAAGUGAGUUUCGUUAAAACACCAAAGAGUGUCAGAAUCAAAACGCCAGUUGUAGCAGGAAUGAAGCGCUGAUCACAUGAAACGCCACGACAAGGCACGAGAGAAUGAGAAUUAUAACGAGUAGUUGACGUCAUGAAAAAGGCGACGAACAAAUCUUAAUGAAAUGUAUUUUCUUAAUCUAAUUUACUUUGUGCAAAUUUAUGUUUCACAAGAUAUAUUAUAUGUAGCUUAAACGGAAUCAUUUUAUUUUCUCAGUCUGGGAACACCAAAGUUUUUUAAUAAUUGGGUUAUAUAACGCGUCGUUUUUUAAGGAUCACAGAAUUUCAAUCCUCGACUUCCAAUCCUCGAUUUAUACCUUCUUUCAAUUUUAAUUGUGUUGUCUUUGAACAAUUACGACCUACUGAAUAUAUGCAUUUUCUCCGUUAUAA